GGGUCGAUAUUGAGCCAGGGCCCGGGGUUGCGUUUCUAGCGUUGUCGGCAUUUUGCGUCAGUUCUUGCGCAGCCCUCGAAGAUUACGGACAGCAGCAACGUGUAUUUGAGCGUGUGUGUGUGUGAGAGAGUGUAUUCUCCUUAGUGUUUUCCCAGCUGGUAUUUUCGGAGGCAACGAUCGUUCUAUUUCGUAGGUUAGAACUGUCCGCCUGCCAGAGAGCUGAAGAGAGCCGCAUCUGUGCCGCUGUGUUUGUGUGCGCGCGUGUGUGUGUGACUUUGUGUGAACAGUGCGGGUGAGAGAGCGCAUUGGCAGCAAAAAUACACACCCGCGGUCAAAGAGCCCAGCAGAGUUCUCUCUACGACCAGUUCAUCUUCAUCAACGCUUCAUCGACGCGCUCCUUCUUCAAUCAGCCAACCAGUGUGUCGUCCAGCAAACACAGGCGCCGCCAUCGAUCAGUACAUCCAUCGUCCUCUACCUUCCCGCAACCCAUCGCACUACUCGUUGAACCGCAAACAAGUGUUCUCCGGGUGUGUGUUUGUGUGUGAUACGGCUACUACCUCUACUGCUGGCGUGUGUGUAGCGAUUCUGACAAUAGUGCGCGCGAGUGUGCACCCCCUAGUCCAGUGUCUCUGCUGCUGCUCACGUGUGUGCGGUGUGUGACAUCGGCAUUUUGUGUUUUUGCUGCGCGCUCCACUCUAGAUUGCAAUCAUCCUCCGAGCCUCUUAGUGCGCGUGCAGAUAGCUUAACAAAAAGAACGCAACUGGUGUGUCGCCUUUACUUCUUCGCACAGCAACACCAUCCCGUACGCCGAAAAAAUGGUUGCGAGCAGUAAAAUGAUGAACGUGCGCGUCACGACGAUGGACGCGGAGCUGGAGUUCGCGAUCCAGCAGGGCACCACAGGCAAGCAGCUGUUCGAUCAGGUCGUGAAGACGAUCGGUUUGCGAGAGGUCUGGUUCUUCGGGCUACAGUACACAGACUCCAAGGGCGAUAACACGUGGAUCAAGCUGUACAAAAAGGUGAUGAGCCAAGAUGUGCAAAAGGGUGACCCGCUGCUGUUCAAGUUUCGUGCCAAAUUCUACCCGGAGGACGUGGCCGAGGAGCUGAUCCAGGACAUCACGCUGCGCCUGUUCUACCUGCAGGUGAAGAACGCGAUCCUGUCGGACGAGAUCUACUGCCCGCCGGAAACGUCCGUGCUGCUCGCGUCGUACGCGGUGCAGGCGCGCCACGGCGACUACAACAAGGGCACCCACGUGCCCGGCUUCCUGGCCAAGGAUCGUCUGCUCCCGCAACGGGUCAUCGACCAGCACAAAAUGUCCAAGGACGAGUGGGAAAACUCGAUCACCACCUGGUGGCAGGAGCACCGCGGCCUGCUGCGCGAGGACGCCAUGAUGGAGUACUUGAAGAUCGCGCAGGACCUGGAGAUGUACGGCGUGAACUACUUCGAGAUCCGCAACAAGAAGGGCACGGAGCUGUGGCUCGGCGUCGACGCGCUCGGGCUGAACAUCUACGAGAAGGAGGACCGGCUGACGCCGAAGAUCGGCUUCCCGUGGUCGGAAAUUCGCAACAUCUCGUUCAACGAUCGUAAAUUCAUCAUCAAGCCGAUCGACAAGAAGGCGCCAGAUUUCGUGUUUUUCGCGCCGCGCGUCCGCAUCAACAAGCGCAUCCUGGCGCUGUGCAUGGGCAACCACGAGCUGUACAUGCGCCGCCGCAAGCCGGACACGAUCGACGUGCAGCAGAUGAAGGCGCAGGCCCGGGACGAGAAGAACGCCAAGCAGCAGGAGCGCGAGAAGCUGCAGCUGGCGCUGGCGGCGCGCGAGCGGGCCGAGAAGAAGCAGCAGGAGUACGAGGACCGGCUCCGCUCGAUGCAGGAGGAGAUGGAGCGCAAGCAGGCGAACCUGAGCGAGGCGCAGGACACGAUCCGCCGGCUGCAGGAGCAGCUGAACCAGGUGCAGGCGGCGAAGGAGGAGCUCGAGCAGCGCCAGAACGAGCUGCACGAGAUGAUGCAGCGCCUGGAGGAGACGAAGAACAUGGAGGCGACCGAGCGGGCCAAGCUGGAGGAGGAGAUCCGCGUGAAGCAGCUCGAGAUGCAGAAGAUCCAGGAGGAGGUCACGCUCAAGGACUCGGAAACGAAGCGCCUGCACGAGGAGGUCGAGGAAGCGAUACGGAAACAGAACGAGGCCGCUGCUGCGUUGCAGGCCGCCACAACCACCCCGAAGCACCAUCACGUGGAGGAGGAGGAGGAGAACGAGGAGGAGCUGAUCAAUGGGGAGAACGGUACGCAAGACUUCUCCAAAGACUUCGACACGGACGAGCACAUCAAGGAUCCGGUCGAGGAGAGACGCACCCUUGCCGAGCGUAACGAGCGCCUGCAGGACCAGCUGAAGGCCCUCAAGCAAGACCUCGCACUGUCGCGCGACGACACGAUGGAGACGCCGAACGACAAGAUCCACCGGGAGAACGUGCGCCAGGGACGGGACAAGUACAAGACGCUGCGCGAAAUCCGCAAGGGCAACACCAAGCGCCGCGUCGACCAGUUCGAGAACAUGUAAAAAGCGCAAGAGUAGUGUGCGUGUGUGUGGGAAAGGAGAGAAAGAUAGAGAACAAGAGGGAGAGAGAGAGAGAGACAGGAGAAGAAGCAACAAUUACACACAGUACAGACACCCACGCGCAGCUUCUCAGAAUAUGAUGCGCCUGCGCCUGGCAUAUGUGGUGGCAGUAUAAAUCCCGUACAACCCUUCCCAUCCCUCCCGCGCGUGCGUGCGUGCGUGCGUUCGUGUCCCCUCCAUGUAUGGUGGUGUGACAGAAGCAGAAGCAGAAGAAGACGAUGAUCAAGGAGGCGUACGCGGUCCACGUGUGCACGCGCGCCACGUGCUUUCUGUGUGGAAGGAAAGCGUUGCAUAUACUACACUAUUACUACCACCAACAACACCACCACCACCACUACAACAACAAAUCCCCCCCUUCCCUCAACAGCCAAUAUGCUCCCGCGCACAUAUAUAGUAUACUGUAUGACACUAAUGACACUUAUUCCGAAUCCCUUGUAAUCAUCCUCCGUUUCGUGUGGUGGUGGGGUGUGGUGAUAAUAGUGCCGCUCACACCGGUGGCUCGCGUCUGUUACAGCAGCAGCAACAACAACAACAACAACAGCAACAAAAACACGAAAAAAGCAACACAACAUUUACUUAGUAGGACGAUAAUCUUAUGGCAAGCAAAAGGGUAGGGCAAUCGUGUUAGGGUUACUAUUACUAUUACCAUGGCAGCGACAAGGAGGGAACGAGAGAGGAGAGACAGGAUUCAUGCGUACGGUGACAACGCGGCGGCAGCAGCAGCUGCAGCAGUUGUGUCUAUAACACACACACACACACAUACAUAUUUUGUGUACUUUUUCUUCUUCUUCUUUGGUUUCCACCACUUGCCUCGUCGCCCGCAACACAUUGUGUGCAACACAUAUUGUCCGUUGGGUGAAAAUGUGCAUCCCAACGGCGCGUUAAAUUUGAUUCCUGUUUUUUGGGUCACAUGACCCCCAUCAUCCCCCCCUCCCCCCCCCUUCACCGUUCAUCGGUGUGGGUUGGUGUUUAUUGUUACAUACUGUUUCAUGUAAUCCGUAAGGUGAAGUACACGCAAUCGAAGCUUAGCAACUUGCACUCGAGGUAGUGUUCAAGCAAAAGUGCAUAAUCUUUCCCAUUAAAAGUUUGGAAAUAGCACACACACACAUACACAAUUUUUAAUGUGCGCUUGUGUGUGUGUGUGGUUGAAUUUUGUUUUGUUGGUUCUUUUCAGUGACAAGCAAAGGUGUGAUUUGGCAUUACUAAUCACGAUAAAUGGCUGGAUGUUUUGUUUUUUUUUUUGCUGCUGCAAGCGUCCCUCACUAGCGCUGGAAAAAGGAAUAUGGGAGUAGAAUUACGAAAUAAUAACGAUGGGCAGUUUUGUCCCGCAAAAAACUUCAUAGUAUGCGUAUGUGUGUGUGUGACCGAGAGAGAGAGAGAAAAGGGUAAUGGUAGAAGUAUAAAGGAGUAAAUGGUAGUAAUGGUAAGGCGAUAACAGUGUAGCAGGUAGAAAUCGGUGACCAGAAAGCGCGUAUGUGAUGGCGUUUUUGUUUUUUGGUUCCAUCUUUCUUUUCUAUAUUAUUUCCCUCCCUCUCUUUCGGUUUUUUUUUUUGCGAUGAUCCGUCCCGUGGAUCAGUAUUGGUGUGUGCGUGCGCGCAACCGCCCCGGGGGGUAUAUUAGGGAGCAGGGAGAAGACGCUGCGGUGACAGACAGUUGGGCACUUUGGAAAAAAAAACCAGCGCAGCAGCAAGUCGGAAGGCGCCACGCUUCUAGUGGACGUGGACAAAUGAAUAUAUAUUUAGUUACGAGGCAAAAGUAGGCAUUGUUUAUUAUACAGCAAACAACAACAGCAAACCAGAUGAAAGUUAAAGCAGCAAACUCUACAACACACACACACACACAUACACAAAAUACAUUAUAUCGAGGGAUCGUUAGGGGUUUGGUAUUAAUCGGGGAAGUAGUAAGAGCAGCGCGCGUGAGAACGAAAAGGAAGCACGGGGGGGGGGGGGGGUAUAUUUUACCCCCGCAACACCCCGCAGCAUUGUGUCCAAGCAGAGAAGAGGGGGUGUGGUGUGUGUUGCGUUAUUCGGAUUUUAGGAAUUGGUUCAAAUCUAUAUAAAAAAAAGUAUUUCUUAAAUCAUCCCGCCCCCCUCCUCUCGUUUUUUUUUGGCCGGUAGCGCGCUUCUUUUCGAUUUCCGUUACGACAGUGUCCUCUUUAAUAUAUCUAUGUUAUGAUUAGUAUUUCCAUUUUUUUUCUUUUCUUCUUUUAUUAUUACUACAUUAACUACAAGAGCAAUGUGUGUGUGUGUGUGUGCGUGUGUGUAAUAAUUGUAAACAUGGGAGGAAAGGUGGGGGGGGGGGCGUGUUUUCUGUAUUCAAG